AUGGGAGAAGCCUACUGGGGAGAGGAAUUACACGUUCCCCUGUCUUCAGAUGGUCAGGUGUCGGCCUACGUUUGGCCCCUUCGCAUCCUUUCUAUACGUGGGGAAAGCUGCGGUGGCCCAACUAUCGGCGUAGACGUGGGGAACGAGGAAGUCAUACGGUUCGAUUGCCACGCCAAUCGAGGGCACUGGCAUACCGGCGGCUACGACCGGUUGGGCACUCCGGGCAAUUCCCACGUGGACUUCCCAGAAGGAGUUGCCAGUAUUCAGGAGCAGGUGGCCUGGUCCCUCAGGCAUCUCCGCGAAAUGGUGGGAGACUUGCUAACUCAGUCGGAACAGGAAGAAGCGGCGCAGAAGGUUGAGUCCUAUCUUGUUGAGACAGGUCUUACCACCAUCCGCAACCACAUCGAAAAGAACGCAUACCUGAGGACCCGAGCAAUCGAUGAAAAAGUAAUUGUAGGUUAA